AUGAAGGAGGAGAGGAGGAAGACUUCCUCGACAGAAGACACAGCCAUUCCUUCGCAAUUCUCACUCUUUGGCCUCCUCCUUCUUUUCCAGGCAGUGUUCACUGAACGUCGUGUGUUGGGCUGUGUCCAUGCAGUCAGAGUGGCCGGCGUCAACAUCACCAGUCAGGCUCAUCUGGUCCGAGGCACGUUGGGUGGAGAGGCCCUGCUCUCCGUCAGCUACACCAGCACCAGCUCCGACCAACCGGUCAUCAAGUGGCAGCUGAAGAGGGACAAGCAGCAGCCCAUCACCGUAGUCCAGUCCAUAGGCACCAGCGUCAUCGGGAACCUGCGGCCCGAGUACAGGAACCGCAUCGUGGUGUUUGAGAACGGCACCUUGCUCCUCCACAACCUGCAGCUGUCUGACGAGGGGGCCUAUGAAGUGGAGAUCUCCAUAACGGAUGAUGCCUUCACUGCGGAGCGCAACAUCAACCUCACCGUAGACGUACCUGUGUCCAGACCCUACGUCCAAAUGAUAGCCUCAUCGGUGCUGGAGUUGAGUGAACUCUUCACCUUACACUGUUCCCACGUCGAUGGCACCAAGCCCACCUACGGUUGGCUGAAAGGGGGAAAGGUGCUGACCAAUGACUCGCGCCUGCUCCUGUCACAUGACCAGAAGUAUCUGACCAUCGCCCGGGUGCUGAUGUCAGACGAUGACGUCUACGGCUGUACGGUGGAUAACCCAAUCAGUAGCAUGAGGAGUGUGCCUGUCAAACUCACCGUCUACAGACGGAGUUCCCUGUAUAUCAUCCUUACCACCGGGGGCAUUUUCCUCCUCAUCACCCUGGUGACAGUGUGCGCCUGCUGGAAGCCCUCUAAAAAGUAA